GAUUUGUCGGAAUACAGUUGGGGAAAAGUGGUAACUAGUAGUGUUAGUGGCGAAGUGGCAGCUGAGUUGGGUCAUGUCCUAAUUUAGGGUGCGAUAAUUUAUGAGCGCACGUAACUACGGGAGAAGUUUCCUGUCUGUUCCUGACUUCUGGUUAUAAGAGAAGCGAUGACUGCUGAAGCAAAGGCAAGUAGGGCCAGAUUUAGAGAGUGAGCGUGUGUGUGCAAGUGUGUGUGUGUUACACUGCUUGCUGGUGAUGAGUGCUCUCUAGUGACUCCUUCAACAAGGUGCAAACUUACAUUAGCUGAAUUCCAAAUGGCUUCACACUCUCUCUAUAUAUAACACUACGUAGGCAAUGAAAUGUUGGCUCCUGCAUCCUAUAUAGUGAGUGAACUGUGUCUCUAACACAGCACCAUUUGGAAUUCAGCCAUACCAUGAUGUUAGGUGAUUAGUGUAGGACAUAAAUAUGCACCGCAUGUCGCAACCAUUUUGUCACCAGCAACCAUUGUAGCCUAGAAAGUACUGAAAUACAUUUCUGCAGACUUCCUGGCCUGGUGGCCUUGAAUAUCACAGAAAUGUUCUUUUAAUAAAAUGACAUACUUUCGGACUUGUGGACCAGGUUUCCCUACACACAUCUCAGAUCAGCAGGAAAGGCUAAUGAUCUUUUGUAUUUAUUAGAAGUUCAGAGAGGAUGGAGGACCACCUGAUUGAAAAUGAGACCUCCUUUUACAUGAAGGCGGAGCAGUACUGGAAAGACAUCCCGCCCACUGUGGAUGGAAUGCUUGGAGGGUAUGGUAGCAUUUCCAGCAUCGACAUCAACGGUUCCAAAAAGUUCCUGCAGAAAUUCCUUGGGGAAGGCAAAGGUAAGACGAGACCAGGCUGUGCCCUGGACUGUGGCGCAGGAAUCGGCCGCAUCACCAAGCGUCUUCUCUUGCCGCUCUUCCGUACCGUGGACUUGGUAGACGUGACCCAGGAGUUCCUGGACAAAGCACGCUCGUACCUGGGUGAAGAGGGCAAGAGAGUGGAGAACUACUUCUGCUGCGGCCUACAGGAUUUCCAGCCUCAGCCGGAUCGUUACGACGUCAUCUGGAUCCAGUGGGUCAUCGGUCACCUGACUGAUGAUCACCUAGAGGAGUUCCUCAGGCGAUGCCGCAGUGCCCUGCGUCCCGAUGGCCUGAUCGUGGUGAAGGAUAACGUGGCAUACGAGGGUGUCGUGCCUGACGAGGUGGACAGCAGUGUGUGCAGAGACCUGCCCUUAUUACGCCGCAUAGUGGCCAGAGCUGGUCUCAGCAUCAUCCAUCAGGAACAGCAGCAGAACUUCCCUGAGGAGAUCUACCAGGUCCACAUACUAGCUCUUAGAUAGGAGAUGCCUGCCUACCUACCUAAAUAAUGCAACGUUUUAUGAGCAAGAUGUUACACCCAGUUGUUUCUUCCUGCCAUUUUUAAUGAUGCAUCAGUUUGGAACGCUGCAAAAUGGUCAAUAUGUGCCUGUAUUAGGGGUCUGCGGUUUUAAGCGAGGCAGUUUUCAAGGUCUGAUUUGCACCCAGAUCCCUGGACUACCACUAUCAGAGAACACAGAUUUCAUAUGAUAGUUAGCCAUUUUACACUUUUAAGAUAUCUAAAUGUCCUCUCAUCUGUAGUUACUCGCAGGAUGUUUUUGGAGGAUAGAAUCUAUGUAAACAAAAGAACAUGUUUGUGCUUUCAUGGAAAUAAUGUUUGAUAUUUGAGGCAACAUGAAUUUUGGCCCAAACUCUGUGUGAGAGUAAUGUGUCUAGUUUGUGCAUAAGUUAUUAAGAGACAUAUUCAUGUGUGCAUGUAUUGUAUUUGUUUUGAGUGACUGUGGAUUUAAAUACAUAAAUAGCUCUGUAGAAAA